CCGAUAACGAGGCGUCGCGUCGCGUCACCUCGCGUCGCGUCGGUGGACUCGACGCACGUGUCCAGCACCGGCUCGUCACGCGACGCAUCGAUGCAAGAUUCGCGGGAUCGCAAGGUCGGAUCUCUCCCGUGCGAACCGACUGUUGCCCGUUAUCGCCCCGUAUCGAUUUAUAGCUUUACCGAGGACCAACGAAAUUACUGUCCGCUACGAAACCUGUCAUUUUCGAGAAAUAGCCGGUUAGUACGGUUUUCAAUAUUUCAGCGAGGAACGAAGAUACUUCGAAUGGCUCGCGCGACGCGGUAUUUCGCGAAAGUCGCGUAAUAACCGUUGUUCGCGAGUAUGCUACUCGUCCCGUGGUUUCUCCUCGCGUUCUUCGGGUUCGCGAUCGCGUGCGACGACUCGUUCGCGCGACUGAUCCGCGACGUCGUCGGUCCGCUCGUUCCGGCUGUAACGGUGUCGGCGUAUCUGUGCCGACUCGACGAAGGUAAGCGAACCAGCGGAAUUACGCAACGUUCGCGAUCGUAGGUGUACGAUCUUAACGAGACCAACUCGUUCUUCGAGUUACGCGUGUCCGCUGCAAUUACGCGCCUUCUAUUCUCUCUUUCUCUUUCGCAGAUGACGCGCUCGUUGUAUCCAAUCGCUUGUCCAGCCACGGUCUGAUGCACGAAAUUCGUUCGAAUUCGCAAAGAUUCCCGUCGAUCGCACCGGAUCCUUGGGAUCAUCGGCGAUUAUACGUGCUGGAUCUCGACUGCGAUUACGCGGAUUCGCUGUUACGAGCGGCGAACGCGAGCGGUAUGUUCGUCGCGCCGACCAGAUGGCUUUUGAUUCGAGAUCGAACGCUUCUCGUCGACAACUCGACCGAGAAUCGCCGAUUAUACAACGACGUGGCGGAAACGUUUAAACGUUUAAACGUUUAUCCCGAUAGCGAGGUGAUUCUGGCAACCAUGCUGCGGCAGGAUUUCGCGGAAAUAACGUCUGUCUACAGGGUUAGCCGGUAUCACGACGUCACGAUAGAGAAUCGAGGAAACUGGUCGCUCAAAAGCGGCGUUCGAGUCCCAGAUUUUCUGCCAACCUCCAGACGACGAGCGAACCUUCAACGAACGUCCUUGACGGCCUGUCUCGUGAUGGGCGAUCCCGAUACGAUCAACCACUUGACCGAUUUCGAACACAAGCACGUAGACGCAGUGACCAAGUCCAAUUAUCCCUGGUUGAUGCACAUCGUGAAUCGUCUGAACGUGACCAUCGACAUUCGCGUAACAGACAGCUGGGGAUAUCAAAGCGAAAACGGAUCGUGGAACGGCAUGGUUGGUAUGCUGCAAAGGCGGGAAGUCGAUUUAGGAGGCACGGCGAUGUUCUUGGUUAAGCAACGAAUCGGCAUAAUCGAUUACGUGCAGCUCUACACGCAUACCAAUUCAAGGUUCAUAUUUCGUCAACCGUUACUGUCGACGAUCAGUAACAUAUUCGCGUUGCCGUUCCGACGCUCCGUCUGGCUCGCGAUUGCCGCCUUUCUGACGCUCGUGGUUUUCAUGCUCUACUUAUCCUCCGAGUGGGAAUAUCGUCGCGGAAUGUCUAACAGCGAAUCCGCGAUCGCGUACCGACAACGAACGAUUCCGACGCAACAGACGCUCGCCGACAAUCUGAUGAUGGUGCUGGCCGCCGCUGGUCAACAAGGAUACACGUACGAGCCGUAUCGCGUUCCAUCCCGGAUCGUCACCCUGAUGCUCCUGCUUGCCGCACUGAGCUUGUACACCUCUUACACGGCCAACAUCGUCGCCCUGCUUCAAUCGACCACCGACUCCAUCAAAACUCUGGCCGACUUGUUGCACAGCCCGUUGAAGUGUGGCGUCUACGACGUCGUCUACAACCGCUAUUACUUGAAGACGUUCCAGGAUCCGAUACGAAUGGCCCUGGUGGAACAAAAGAUCGAACAAAAGGGUAAGAACGAUUCCUGGAUGUCGAUGGAGGAAGGUGUUCGUCGUAUAAAAAACGAACUGUUCGCGUUUCACGGGGAAAUGGGCUCGAUUUACGAUCUUAUGGAACAGACGUAUCAAGAGGAUGAAAAAUGUGGGAUUACCGAGAUCAAUCUGCUGAACGUGAAUGAUCCGCUUUUCGUGAUUCAGCGACGAUCGCCGUACAAGGAAAUCGUGACGAACGCGGCUCUUCUGUUGAGAGAGGCUGGUCUGACUUAUCGAGAGGAGUCUCGACUAUACACGACGAAACCCAAGUGCCACGGUCAGACGAACGUUAUCAGUAUAGGGUUCACCGAGUGCUAUUUCGCGUUUUUAGCCAUGGGUUAUGGAACGCUUUUCAGUCUGAUCGUGCUCGCCGCGGAGUUUCUCUGGCACCGCAGGUACGUGUCAACGUAACAGCCUGCUCGAUACAAUUUAGAUCG